AUGAGCGCGUCAAAGGCUUCAAGCGGAACCGCUGGCGAAAGCAACACCAAGAGACCCAACUUCCUGGUCAUUGUGGCAGAUGAUCUCGGUUUCAGCGACCUGAGCUGCUUCGGCGGCGAGAUCAGAACCCCAAACCUCGACAGACUCGCCAGCAAUGGUUUGCGUUUCACCGACUUCCACGCAGCAGCUGCUUGCUCGCCCAGCCGUGCUAUGCUCAUGACAGGCACUGAUCACCACAUUGCUGGACUGGGAAACCUCAUCGAAUGGACCAACCGCUCAGACCAGAAUGCUCCCUCCGAGGGAGAGAUCAAAUACUGGUCGACAGCUCCCCAGCGUGGCAUGCCCGGCUAUGAAGGCUACCUCAAUGACAGAGUGGCCGCUUUGCCCGAGCUUCUGCACGACGCUGGAUACCUCACCCUUAUGGCAGGCAAGUGGCACCUUGGACUCACCCCAGAGCGCUUCCCACACAAGCGAGGCUUCGAGCGUAGCUUUGCCCACCUGCCAGCAUGCUCCAACCACUACGCCUACGAGCCGCAGCUCGAGGGCAAAGAUCAGAUCCCCGAGUUCAUGACCAUGUCGUUCAUUGCCCUGCACUCCGAAGACGGGGAGUAUGUGAAAAAGCUCCCAGAAGGUUGGUACAGCAGCAACGGCUACGGCGACAAGAUGCUUCAGUACCUCAAAGACCGCAACGAGCAGAAGGACGAGCGUCCUUUCUUUGCCUAUUUCCCGUUCACAGCCCCACACUGGCCUCUUCAGGCACCCGAUGAAUACAUUGCUCACUAUAAGGGCGUCUACGACGACGGACCGGAUGUGCUCCGCGGUAGACGUCUGCAGCGAAUGAAAGAGAUGGGUCUGUGUGCAGAAGACGUGGUACCACAUCCGGUGGUGGCAGAUGAAGUCAAACAGUGGAAAGACUUGACAUCAGAAGAGAAGGCCAAGUCGUGCAAAGCCAUGGAAGUGUUUGCUGCCAUGGUGGAGUGCAUCGACGCCAAUGUGGGCAAGGUCGUCAAGUAUUUGGAGGAGACUGGGGAGCUGGACAAUACUUUUGUUUGCUUCAUGUCGGAUAAUGGAGCCGAAGGUGCCGCGUACGAAGCAUACCCGAUCGUUCAAGGGAGCAUGAUCGGCCAUCUUGCCAAGUACUACAACAAUGCCCUCGAGAACCUGGGCCGCGGAGAUAGCUUCAUCUGGUAUGGACCCCGAUGGGCACAAGCAGCUACCGCACCCAGCCGUCUCUACAAGGCUUUCACGACUGAAGGCGGUGUUCGUGUACCGUUCUUGGCCAAGUUUCCAACAAACAUGGCCGUGCGAGCGGACGGCGAGGGCAUGAGCGCUGGAGUUGUGGAGAGUAAAGGCGCUGGCUCGCAUGUGACCAACGAGAAGGGAAGCAUCACCAACCAGUUUUCCACUAUCAUGGAUCUUGCACCAACCAUUCUCGACAUGGCUGGUGUCAAGCACCCUGCUCCCACCUAUCAAGGCCGGGAGGUUGUGCAUAUGCGCGGCAAGAGCAUGGUUCCGUACCUUGACGGCACUGCACCCUCCAUCCAUCCGGCCGACUUCAUCAACGGCUGGGAGACGUGUGGUCGAGCUGCCGUUCGUUGCGGCGACUGGAAGAUCGUCUUCAUCCCCAAGCCCAAAGGUCCCGAGAAGUGGCAGAUGUACAAUCUGGCCAAGGAUCCUGGCGAGGUGAAUGAUCUGGCUGAGCAGGAUCCAGAGCGGUUGCAGAAGAUGAUCAAGAUGUGGGAUCAGUACGUCCUGGAGACGGGUGUCAUCCCUCUUGCGCCUGCUUUGGGCAACUGGAUCGCGGCAAUGGAGGAACAGAUGCCGGAAGACGCCUGGAUGGAGUACGAGUACUGGAAGGAGGGCGCGAGGGACCAGCCUGAGAAGUUUAGGCGGGAGCUUCCCAAGUUCCAGCGAACGGUCACGGCAAUAUGA